AUGGGCGUGCACGAAUUGGAGAAAACGAUGCCACUGCGCGUCAUCACUUUCAACAUCCGCUACGCAACCACGUCCCCCGUCCCUGACGAGGAACUCUGGAAGGUCAGGCGCCCCAAGCUCUGCACACAGAUCCGCUUCAACACAGCCGGCCGCUCCGCAUUCAUUUCCUUCCAGGAGGCCCUGGCCAGCCAGGUAGACGACAUCCAGAAGGAACUGGGCCCCACCUGGGCACACAUCGGAGUCGGGCGGGACGACGGCAAAGCCGCAGGGGAGUUCUCACCCGUCUUCUACCAGGUCGACACGUGGAAGUGCGAGCGCAGCAAGACGUACUGGCUCAGCCCCACGCCGGAGGAGCCGUCUACGGGUUGGGACGCCGUGCUCCCGCGGAUCGUCACCAUGGGCCAGUUCGAGCACAGGCAGAACGGCGCGAGGGUCGUGGUGCUGAGCACGCACUUCGACCACAUCGGGCUCAAGGCAAGGGAGGAGAGCGCAAAGCUGAUCCUGAAGCUGGAGGAAUCGUGGGUGGGCGAGUCUGGCCGGUCGGGGAAGGGUAAGCCGCCGGUGUUUCUCGGGGGCGAUUUCAACAGCACGCCGGAGGACAAGGCGUACCAGACCAUGACGGCGCCGGAGACCGGGAUGACGGACAUAUCGACUCUGAUCCCGGAGGAGAGGCGAUAUGGGAACGCGUUGACUUACACUUCUUUCAACGAGCCCGACUACGAGCCGUCGAGGAUCGACUUCCUCUUCGUCAAGGACACGAAAGACAUCAAGUUCCUCACAUACGGGGUCUUGGCCAAUCGGUUUGACGAUGGGGUGUUUCUCUCGGAUCACCGCGCGGUAAUGGCAGACGUGGAGAUCCCGGUCAGAGGACAAUCACCCUCCAUUUGA